CGCUCUACCUCUACCUCUACCUCUACCUCACCAUCACCUUUACAACUCACACCUCAUCGCUCCCCACCCUCUUACUCUCUCUCCCUCUCCGCUUGGCUUGGCCUGCGCUGCCCCCGCACAGCCUAGCCUAGCCUAGCGUCACAAUGGUUCGCUCCAUCACCUUUGAGAUCCGAUGGCAUGAUACCCAACCCAUCUAUAGCGCUGCUUUUCAGCCAGUCAAUGGUCAGCAGCUAAGGAGGGUAUUGGACUAUAAUCUUGGUCAGGCUGCCGGACUCAACCCGGACAAGACCCUCGCCAGCGAAGGAAAUCCUGCUGGUCCCUCGUCGCGAUCUAGCGCAAGGAUUAAUGCACCCAUCGAUGUAGCUGGAGGACAGAAUUGGAGGCUCGCAACGGCUGGAGGGGAUAAUAAUGUUCGAAUCUGGCUCGUCAAGCCUGGCAUCCCCUCGCCAGCCGCAAUGGCUAGCGCAGCCACGGCAGGCAUGCCUACACCCGCCCCUCACCCGCCCAGGGUAGAGUACCUGGCCACCCUCACCAGGCAUUCUGGAGUGGUCAAUUGCGUUCGCUUCUCUCCUGCUGGAGAUGUGCUUGCUAGCGCGGGAGAUGACGGUACGGUCAUGCUGUGGCAUAUGACCGAUCGACCUGCCCCCUCUUUUGGCGAGGUAGACGAAGGAGAGGCCAGCUUCGAAAAGGAGCAUUGGAGGAUGGUCAGGAUGAUUCGAGUAUCCACACAGGAGAUUUACGAUAUGGCGUGGUCACCAAAUGGAGAGACACUCGUGGUGGGAGGAACCGACUUUGUUGCUCGGAUCAUCAACCCUCAUGAUGGUACGGUCCUCCGCGAAUUCUCUGACCACACACAUUAUGUCCAAGGUGUCGCGUGGGACCCCAAUAACGAGUACAUUGCGACGCAGAGUAGUGACCGGUCCGUCCACGUCCACACUCUCCAGACCAGUCACAGUAAGCCCGGAGCGGUCGGAUACGUUCCCCCUGUCACACGCAACAGCCGGAUGGACGUCCACAGGCGGAGCGAGAGCUUCAACCGAGAUGCAAAGCCGGCAAUUCGUCGUGGAAGCAGCCAUACCAGCCGUGCAGAGAGCGAUACAGAUGAUGAGCACCACAGGCCGCCCCGAAGGGAAGGGUUUACCGCCGUGCGUGACCGGACCGCUCGUAGCCGAACACCCAUGGAUCCUCCUCCCUCGACCUCUUCUCAUCUGAACCCUGCAAACAUCGGUCGACCGGCAACACCCACUCCAGGAUCAUCUGUGCCGCAAAGUCCUGCCUUCAGCGCCGUUAGUGCUUCAGCCUCUGCGCAUCCCAUGAUGCCACCUCAGCGGACGCCCAGUCGAAGGUCGAGCUUCAGUGGCUCUCAAGCUGAAGGAGCAACAUCGCCUCCCACCAGUAUCGCCUCUUUUGUCCAGGGAUCUGCUUCUGCCGCUUCGAUCUACAAGGCUGCUGUGGGCGCAUCCACCACGACUCCAAAUGGCCUCGAAGCGGUACCCACUCGCCGAUCUGCGUCUAGGACAAGAAGUAUGCGCUCACCCUCACCUGCGCCCUUGCCCGCCAUUCGGCCACCCCCUUCACCUCGCCAGAGGAUGCAGGCUGCACAGCUUGCGGGAGGUUCGGGUGCCGCUGGUGCUUCACUGCUGCAGGCAGGCAUGAGGAUGUACGGCGACGAGUCGUACAGCGGCUUCUUCCGACGUCUGAGCUUUAGUCCGGAUGGGUCUCUGCUCGUCACGCCCAGUGGUAUCUUUGAAGCAGCAACGCCAACCAGUCCUAAUGUGGCUGCUUCUCCAAGCAAAUCACCUGCUGGGCUGGGCGGCAGCCAGAAUAGCGGCCCCAGUAACGCUUCGACUGGGCCACGCAGUACAGUCUAUCUCUACGGCCGUGCCAAUCUGACUCGUGGCAAUGCGCCCAUUGCCCACCUUCCUGGACACAAGAGCGCGACAUUGGUGGUGCGCUUCUCUCCGAUCCUUUACGAGCUUCGCAAGAGCCACACUUCUGCUUUCAGCAAUUCGGAGGAUGGAGGAGGCAUUGCUCCUCACCCGUCGAUUCCGCUCGAGGCCGGCAAGCAAAAGAGCGUCAGUCUGAAUCUGGACGCUUCCAGGACGAACAACCACGCCUCACCCUCGCCAGCGGCUGGUUCUAGCGGCAACGGUGGCACUUCCAUCUCGCCGGUCCCUCCCGUCAAGCCCAUCUCGAUGAUCGGACUCCCUUACCGCAUGGUCUUUGCAGUGGCUACAAACGACGUAGUCUGGCUCUACGACACGCAGCAAGGUGGUCCGCUCUGCUGCUUCUCCAAUAUGCACUAUGCUGCCUUUACCGACCUGACCUGGUCCGCAGACGGGCAGACGCUGAUUAUGAGCUCCUCGGAUGGGUACUGCUCCAUUGCCGUGUUUGAUUAUGGAGAGCUGGGGACACCUUAUAGCUAUCAAGACCAGCCGAGCCUUGACAUCAAGGCCUUCACUGGGGCUGGGGGACAUCCACAGAACUCUGGCGUUGGCUCUUCCUCUACUAGCGCAAGUGCAAGUGGUGGUGCCAGUGGGAGUGGAAGCGGGACAAUAACCGUGACCAGCUUACCGGUCAAGAAGAAGCCAGUGCUCACCACCAUCCCUUCAAGUUCUGCACCUUCUUCAGAGGGGCCAGGAGCUCCACCGCAUUCCCAAGCCAGCGCAAGUAGUGGUAGUAGCACCAGUAAGGAGGCACUUCCUGUCCGUCGCAGCGGUGCCUCGGAAGCUGGACAAGGGACGGGCACGGGGACGGGUAGCAGUACAGCCUUUGCCCUAGGGAUUGUACUCGAAGGCGACCAGCACCCUCACACUACCAGCGGGGCAGGCGCUCAGAAGGGUACUGUUGGGCCUGCUGGCGCGGGGGUAGAGGGAGACACAUCGGCAGGUGCAGAUGCAGGUGCAGGUGCAGGUGCAGGUGCUGCUUUACUGGACGAAAAGGCAGCAGCAAUGGCAGCUCAAGGGGAGGUGGGUGAGGGUCAGGGUCAGGGUCAGGAUCAGGAACAACCAAAGAAGAAGAGGAGGAUCGCUUUGAGUACUGCUACGGGUACGGGUACGGGUGCGAGCAGCUAGACGAAGCUGGAUCUUCUUUUGUCCUUGUCCUUGUCACUGUCACUCUCACUCUCACCGUCACUACAUGUGCUCUUCCUCUUCCUCUUCCUCUUCCUUUCCUCUUCCUCGCCUCGCCUCGUCUCUUGAGCUUCUUCAUGUCAUGUCAUAUCACUUCAGGUCAAACCAAGUCACGCCCUGCUCUCCCCUCUCCCCCCUUCCCUCUCGCCCCUUCUCCAUGCGCCCAUGCGCCCAUGUGUGCGUGUUUGUCUCCCAAGUACAUGGAUGACUGAGCGGG